UGUUACCAUGUUUGUGCUCUGAUAUUUUUGCUUUGUCUCAUAGGAAAUAGCUGGUUUUAUGCUAACCCUUGAGCUCAACGUCUUAUCCUACAGUUUUCUUCCUGACUGAAGCUCUCUGAUCUUAUAUGAACAAAUAUCUUGCAAUUACAUUUCACAAUAAAUGCAGACACUGUGCAACAAACCCAUGGCAGAACUAGUUGUGAUAAUGGUAGAGAAUUAUAAGAAACGCUAUAUGAAAGCAAGAAAGCAGUUGCUCUUCAGAGGCAGAAAAAGAAAAAGCAGAGUGCAAAGGUGGGCUGAACAGUUCAGAGGUAGAAGGAUAUUCUGAUUUUUUUUAAAAACAAAAGUAACAUUGAUGCUUUGCUCUUUGCUUUGAAUUCUUUCCUUUUUUUUUUCUCUCUCUGCACUGGACAUGCAGACAUUUCAAAGCAAGGUAAGACUUUCUCAUCUCUCUGUAUUAUUUUAGGGGAUAUUUCUUUUUAGUCCAAAUGCAAUGGUUUGCUUCCAGAUGCAAAACGAAAAGCCUUCACCCCCACUUUUGAAUAGGAAUCACUUACUCAGGAGCAGACCAUAUACUUGGCUAAAUAUUCCAAGCAAUUCUUUUAGAAUAAAAAUGUAGAGCAGGAACUCAGAUCCAAAUUCCUCUGAAUUUCAGGAAUACUCCAAUCCUGUUUCUAAUUGGUGCAUUUUUAAAUUUGUUCCUAGCAAAUGCCAAAGGCAUUAUUUAAGUGUAAGACAGUUUGUUAAAUAGUUACCACAAUUUUUCUCUAAGCACUUUGCCCUUAAGAAAGUUUCUACAUAUGAUGAGAGAUGCCUGUAUAGCCCCAGACAGACUUGCAAACUGAAGGAAGUGUUUUGGAUGUAAUAACUAUGCAGUAGUACAGAAGACAAUCUGGAAUAUUUCAGCCACCGUCCCUCACUGUUUUAUAAUUAGUUACCUUAGUUUAGAUGCCAAGCAUAGAAAAUUAUUAUCCUUCUGUACUGCCAUUUCCCAUUACUAUUUGGCAGUCUUAAUUUCAUUAUAUGCUGAAAAAAACCCUCUCUGCUAACUCUGCUAAAGAAACACAAUUGUCUUAGAAAAGUAGCUAAAGCAUGUGAGGGUUAAAAGUAACUUUUUUCCCAUAAGUGUCAUUCUCCAAACUUAGAAUUCUUUAAUAGAUGCAGAGCAACGCAGAAAUGAAAGCAUUUUUAAUUUCAGUGCUUUGUAUAUUUACAGAGGGAUUACAACAAACUUCUACACUUUAUCUACAUUUUAAUAGGUCAGCAUGAACAUAUGAAGUGUAUUAAGGUGGACUGCCUUCCUUAUUAAACUUACGUGAAUUUGUCAAAAGCCCUUAGCUGUUGUAUGCAAUAGGGGCUGAAAAGCCAUGCAUGAUUGAGGUCAUGCAUCCAGCCAGUUUGUAAGAUGAUCCCUCUGCACGGAGCCAUCAGCCAUCCCUAGCAUAGGGGCGCACUCAUACACGCAUUCCUGUCAAGUCAUCUUGUGAAAGGCUGCUUGCUUCCAGCUUGGCUUGAAAGUGCAACCUUAAUAAAACUCACUGAAGCCUGAGAGAAAAUAGCAGUUCUGCAGCAGAUAGUGUAGGGGAAAGAGACUGGGAUAUGCAUAUGCAGCUGACUAAAGCAGGCUACAUGCUGGACUGUAACAGAGAGGAAACAAUAAAUCUUAACUACUAUGCAAUAAAUAUUCCCAAUUUUAACUAAGGAAUCUAUCCUCAUAGUGAAAUUAAAAAAAAACAACAGUUUAUCCAAGCUUGAUUACCAAAGUGCUCUUCUCCAGUCCCUUUUCCAAGGACUUCAAGGGAAAUUAAGAACAAAUUUAAAGACGAAGAAAAAGUUUUUGUUAAAGCAGGAAAGGAAAGUAAUAAUAACAUGUCAGUUUUCCUUUCCUUUGCUUUCCUGGCAGCGAUUCUUCCUCAUAUAGGCUGUAAUAGCCAGCGUCGGGGUCCAGAAGCCAGUGGGAGAAGAUUUAACCGGAUUCAGCACGGGCAGUGCACCUACACUUUCAUUCUGCCAGAACAGGACGGGAACUGUCGUGAAAGCACGACAGACCAGUAUAACACAAAUGCUCUUCAGAGAGAUGCUCCUCACGUGGAACAGGAUUUCCCUUCCCAGAAACUGCAACAUCUGGAACAUGUGAUGGAAAAUUACACUCAGUGGCUUCAAAAACUUGAGAACUACAUUGUGGAAAACAUGAAAUCGGAGAUGGUGCAGCUGCAGCAGAAUGCUGUGCAGAACCACACGGCCACCAUGCUUGAGAUAGGGACCAGCCUCCUCAGCCAGACAGCAGAGCAGACAAGAAAACUCACGGAUGUUGAAACCCAGGUGCUAAAUCAAACAUCCAGACUUGAAAUUCAGCUACUAGAAAAUUCACUGUCAACAUACAAGCUAGAAAAACAGCUGCUACAACAAACACAUGAAAUCCUGAAAAUUCAUGAGAAAAACAGUUUACUUGAGCACAGAAUUUUAGAAAUGGAAGAAAAACAUAGAGAGGAACUGGACACUUUGAAGGAAGAAAAAGAGAACCUACAGAGCUUGGUCACACGACAAAGCUACAUAAUCCAGGAACUAGAGAAGCAGUUAAACAAGGCAACAAGCAAUAAUAGUGUCCUUCAGAAACAACAGCUUGAACUGAUGGAUACAGUUCACACUUUGAUCACUCUUUGUUCUAAGGAAGGAGUUUUACUAAAAAAUGUAAAAAAAGAAGAAGAAAAGCCUUUCAGAGACUGUGCAGAUGUAUACCAAUCUGGUUUUAACAAAAGUGGGGUCUACACUAUUUAUAUAAACAAUGUCUCAGAUCCUAAAAAGGUCUUUUGCAACAUGGAAAUUGCUGGAGGAGGGUGGACGGUCAUACAGCACAGAGAAGAUGGAAGCCUGGAUUUUCAAAAAAGCUGGAAAGAAUACAAAAUGGGCUUUGGUAGUCCAUCAGGUGAACAUUGGCUGGGAAAUGAAUUUAUCUUUGCAAUAACAAGUCAGAGGCAAUAUUCUCUAAGAAUUGAAUUAAUGGACUGGGAAGGAAACCGGGCAUAUUCACAGUAUGACAGAUUUCACAUAGGAAAUGAAAAGCAGAAUUACAGGCUUUAUUUAAAAGGCCACAGUGGAACAGCUGGAAAACAGAGUAGCCUGAUUUUACAUGGUGCUGAAUUCAGUACAAAAGAUGCUGACAAUGACAACUGCAUGUGCAAAUGUGCUCUCAUGUUGACUGGAGGGUGGUGGUUUGAUGCCUGCGGUCCCUCCAAUCUCAAUGGAAUGUUCUAUACAGCUGGGCAAAACCAUGGAAAGCUCAAUGGCAUCAAGUGGCACUACUUCAAAGGCCCCAGCUACUCCUUACGCUCCACCACCAUGAUGAUUCGUCCCUUGGAUUUUUAAAGACAUUCAGUGGUGAAUCCCAGAACAAACCAGGAUGACACUGCCCUCGACAGCACCACUAUCACAGUUUCAAGGUAAAAGGUGAAGGUCUUCUUGAAAGCAACAUGUAGGGAUGAUGAAAAGUUGCUUCAUUAUCACCCCAUAACCUGCAAAAACUCUCCAA